AUGAAUCCAUCCGAAGGUUGCCAGGACCUUGAACAGCACUUCAACGAGGCCCACAAAGACUUCACAGCCACUUUGAAGAGCAUCAUACACACCCUACAACACGAUGGCUUCACCAUGGAGAAUUGUUGGGAAGUCUGCGACCAACUCGAUCUUCUUGAUUCCCUACUAGGUGAUAUGGAGGAACUUGGCCCGGAAAUGGCAUUGGAGAGUCCAAAUCGGCUCGUCUUGCACGGGUUGCCUAGACGUUACUUCCUGGAAUGUAAAUUCCGCUUUGAUUGUCUUGGUGUUCAGCAUGGUCUGGAUGAUGUUCGAGGUAUCCUCGCCGAGUGCUUUUAUGAUGACUGUGCUGAGGUUGCCUGUAUUGGGUUGGAAAGUCUCCUGUCCAGGCUUCCAUUUUAG